AUGGUGGCAAAGUCCUACAGCGAGCUCAACUCCAAGGCUGACCGCGUCGCCAAGGCGAAGGGGUCGCACCUGCGGACCCACUUCAAGAACACCCGCGAGACGGCCAAGGCCAUCAUCGGCCUGGACCUCGCGGAGGCGAAGAAGUACAUGAACGCGGUGCUCGACGGGACCCGCUGCAUCGUCUUCCGCCGGUACAACAGCGGCGUCGGCCGGACCGCGCAGGCGAAGAACGAGGGCUCCACCAACGGCCAGGGCCGGUGGCCGAAGAAGUCCGUCGAGUUCGUGCUGGGCCUCCUCAAGAACGCCGAGGCCAACGCCGAGGCUGAGGGCACGCUCAACAUGGACAACCUGUUUGUGCGCUCGGUGGUGGUCCAGAAGGCGAUGAAGGGCCGCCGCAGGACGUACCGCGCGCACGGCCGCGUGAACCCGUACCAGUCGAGCCCCUGCCACAUCGAGCUGAUCCUGGCGGAGCGCGACGAGGGUGUUGCCAAGGAGGUGGAGGACGGGCGCGCGCCCAAGCUGUCGCGCAAGGCCGCCGCGCGGUUCCUCCGCACGGGCUACAAGCCCAUCGGCUUCAAGGCGUAA